UCGACAUUGAAAGAUAUUCGAAAGAUUAUAAAAGAAAUGAUGUUUGAUGAUAAUUAUGAUCACAAAAAAGAUCAUGAUAAGGAUUAUAUCAUUUAUGCCAUAUAUUCAUUGUUAAGAGAAAUUGAAAACGGAAGCUUAAAAGUAGCUAAUUUUGAGGCUUGGUUUAAUUGUCACGUGUGGAACCCAAUCCUCGAUCAAGCCUUUGGUGAUAUGGAUGUGAUAACCAUCGUCAGAGGGGAAAGCACAAGCUUGGCAUCAGGAACGCGAAAGAAUGCGAAAAGACAAUUAGGUGAACGGUGGAAAAUGGGUCGCAGAGGCGAUUGGAUCCUAAGGUCCGUCAGUAAUGGUGAGAAAGAUGAGUUCGGGGUCGGGGAAGCCAGGAAAAGUUGGGUAGAUGAACAGGGAACGAAAUUUCUCAAAGAGGCAGGGUUAAAGCUACCCAAAGCCCUCAAAGAUAUGCUGGUAAAAUUAAUGGCAAAAACAUGUUGGGAUAAAGAGAGAUGUGCGAAAAUUCAAACGGUUGGAGUAAUCCACGCUGGUUUGAUGAUUAUGAUGGUAUGCCUGGACAACCCGAAGGGAUACAUCUGUAGGAUCCGACGUAGUGAACCAAUGGAAGUUCCAGAUAAUGCAGAAGAAUUUCCUGACAUUUUGGACAUUUUAGCAUCGGUUUUAAAUAUAAAGGCUGUGGUUCGAGAGACGAUGAAGGCGGUACAUACAAAAAAACAAACCACAAAAUCAUUUAAAGGAGCUGGGUUUCGAAAGCAACCAUUAAACAAGGGUGAGUUCCAAAUAUCUCCGUGCUUAACAACACCUAAGAAGGCUAAAAUAUGUGCAGAAGCAAAAGCCCAGGAUUCACAUCCAUCAUCGCCAUGUCCUGGAUCUCCCAAGUCUGAAUUACCAUUAAUCUAG